CUUGUAUCAUGAUAAAGGUUGUAUCUACCGUGGCUGACUCUGCUGAGUCUGUGAGCUGAAGUUUGAAGCGCAUGAUUUUCUUCACCACAUCAGAGCUGCUGGCCAUCACGGUGCCUCACGUGCAACCAUCCGCACACACCGGCAGCGCGCGUCCAUUGAUGACACUGAUAUAAUGGGCGGAAGUCAUGAAAGAAACUAUGCGGGGUGCAGAGAUUACUUAAUUAUGUAACAAUUCAAGUUAUUUUAAACAGGGUUUUUUCGUAGAAAUAAAAGUAAAAGGUAGUAAAAGAAAUUAUGACACUUUUCUAAAGUUACCUGUUCCUUUAAGUCUUUCUUUAGGAGUUAAAGGCCUUUGAAUGAAAAUAUAGGGGGACUAAAAUAGACAUUUCUCAUCCUCUGAAUUGGUAAAACAUGUGGUAUGCUGCUGCUUUUGUAGAGUGUACCCAAAUUAAGCGGGGUGACUGCUGCUCUCUCUCUCCGGCUCCAGUAACUGGAGGCACAAGUUCCUUCUUCCCCAGCCUCAACUUCAUUUAUCAGAAGGUUUGGGCUGUGUACCGCUGCUACAGCCAUGGCACCCAAAAAGAACAAGAUGACCAAGAAGAGCAAAGGUGACAUAAAUGAAAUGACCAUCAUGGUGGGGGACAGCCCCAUCAACAAGAUCAAUGGGUUAAACACUCUGUUAGAAGGAGGAAAUGGCUUCAGCUGCAUCUCCACUGAAGUCAAUGAUUCUGUGUAUGCCCCAAACCUGCUGGAGGGUUUGAGCAACAUGAGACAGGAGAGCUUCCUCUGUGAUCUGACGGUCGCCACCAAGUCAAAGUCUUUCGACGUCCACAAGGUGGUCAUGGCCUCCUGCAGCGAGUACAUCCGAAACAUCUUGAAGAAGGAUUCGUCCCUCCAGAAGAUCGACCUGAACGACCUCUCACCUGUCGGUCUUGCCACAGCGAUCACGUAUGCUUACUCUGGAAAGCUGACCCUGUCGCUGUACAGCAUUGGCAGCACUAUCGCUGCAGCCAUACUGCUGCAGAUCAGCACCUUGGUGAAGAUGUGCAGCGAUUUCCUAAUGCAGGAGCUCAGUGUGGAGAACUGCAUGUACGUGGCCAAUAUUGCUGAUGCCUAUGACCUCAAAGAAACCAAGGAGGCGACUCAGAAGUUCAUGAGGGAGAACUUCAUCGAGUUUUCCGAGAUGGAGCAGUUCCUGAAGCUUACCUACGAGCAGAUCAGCGACUUCCUUGCUGAUGAUUCCCUGCAGCUGCCCUCUGAAAUCACAGCCUUCCAAAUUGCUAUGAAGUGGUUGGACUAUGACGAGAAGAGGUUGAAGUAUGCCGCAGAUCUCCUGACCCUCAUUCGUUUCGGUACAAUCUCCGCCCAAGACCUGGUGAAUCACGUCCAGAGUGUACCCAGAAUGAUGCAAGACGCCGAGUGCCACCGUCUCCUUGUUGAUGCCAUGAAUUACCACCUGCUGCCAUACCAACAGAACAUCCUCCAGUCACGCAGAACAAAGGUACGUGGUGGCCUCAAGGUGAUCCUUACAGUCGGUGGACGCCCUGCCUUGACGGAGAAAUCCCUCAGCAAAGAAGUUCUCUACAGAGAUACAGAUAACGUUUGGAACAAGUUGACAGAAAUGCCAGCAAAGAGCUUCAACCAGUGCAUCGCAGUCUUGGACGGCUUCCUUUACGUGGCAGGUGGAGAGGACCAGAACGAUGCAAGGAACCAGGCUAAGCAUGCUGUCAGCAACUUCUGCAGAUACGAUCCUCGCUUCAACACUUGGAACCACUUGAACAACAUGAUCCAGAGGCGCACCCACUUCAGCCUCAACACCUUCAACGGCCUGUUGUUCGCCAUCGGAGGGCGAAACGCUGAUGGUGUUCAGGCUUCAGUGGAGUGCUAUGUUCCCUCAUCCAACCAGUGGCAGAUGAAGGCUCCAAUGGAGAUCCCUCGUUGCUGCCACGGCAGCUCCCUCAUUGAGGGGAAGAUCCUCGUAUCAGGAGGUUACAUCAACAACGCCUACUCCAGGGCUGUGUGCUCGUACGACCCAUCCACCGACACCUGGCAGGAUAAGAGCAGCCUGAGCACACCUCGUGGAUGGCAUUGCGCCGCCACCGUAGGCGACCGGGCCUACGUCAUUGGAGGAAGUCAGUUGGGAGGUCGUGGGGAGAGAGUGGAUGUCCUCGCCGUCGAGUCUUACAACCCUCACAACGGGCAGUGGAGCUACAGCGCGCCUCUUCACACAGGAGUGAGCACAGCGGGUAUUUCCAUUUUGAACAACAAGGUGUACCUCCUCGGGGGCUGGAACGAGGGCGAGAAGAAGUACAAGAAAUGCAUUCAGGUGUUCAACCCCGACCUCAACGAAUGGACUGAGGACGAUGAGUUGCCAGAAGCCACAGUCGGCAUUUCUUGCUGCGUCGUCACCAUCCCCACACGGAAAACACGAGAGUCCAGAGCCAGUUCAGCAUCUUCUGCACCAGUCAGUAUAUAAAGCAUAAGGUGUUAGUUGGUGUAGUUUACAUGUCUAAAGGUCUCCAGCUCCUCUGUUGCAAAAAUCUUGGUGCCAAACUCUUAAAAUUGUCCCCCUUUUUUGGCUAAAAUAUGUUUUAACUUUCUUUAGAUGAGCAAAACUGAAUAAAAUGUGUGGUUAAUACAUUUGGAAA